AUGAAGUACGACCUCCAAACCUUUCGCGGAGACCUCUUCGGCGGUGUAACGGCAGCCGUGGUAGGAUUGCCAGUGGCGCUUGCCUUCGGGGUGGCGUCAGGGCUUGGAGCCGUCGCCGGAAUUUACGGUGCCAUCGCAGUCGGAUUCUUUGCAUCGGUCUUCGGAGGCACUCGCUCUCAGAUUUCCGGCCCCACCGGCCCAAUGGCCGUAGCGAUGGCGGUCAUCGUCACCACACACGCCUCCAGCCUCGCCGAAGCAUUCACCAUAGCUAUCAUGGCGGGACUGAUCCAGGUUCUGCUGGGUGUGCUCCGAAUCGGGCGCUUCGUUGCCUACACGCCGUACUCGGUAAUUUCCGGGUUCAUGUCGGGCAUCGGCAUCAUCAUCAUAACACUGCAAGUUCUGCCCUUCAUAGGCGAGCCUGCCGCUUCAGGCGGGCCGCUUGCCGCGGCAACAACUUGGCCCAAUGCGAUGAGUCACCUCGACAAUGUCAACUUCAGCGCCAUUGCGAUUGCCGGCGCGACUCUCAUAGUUGGCAUACUCUGGCCCAGCCGCCUGCGGCGCUUCCUGCCUCCUACACUAGCCGCGCUUGUCGUCGGCACGCUGAUGGGCGUCUUCUGGCUAUCUGGUACACCGGUUAUCGGCGAUGUUCCAACUGGCCUGCCAAGUCCUCAAUUGCCGGUGAUUGACCCUAGCUUCCUGGUUCGGGCCUUCUCACCCGCUCUGACUAUCGCCCUGCUAGGCUCCAUCGACAGCUUGCUUACUUCACUCAUAGCCGAUUCGAUGACACGCACAAGACACAAUCCGAACCGCGAAUUGGUGGGGCAGGGACUAGGCAACAUGAUCGCGGGAUUCAUAGGUGGCAUCCCGGGAGCGGGCGCCACUCUGGGCACCGUGGUCAACAUCCGCGCCGGUGGGCGAACCCAGAUCUCGGGGGCAUUGCGCGCACUCAUUCUGCUCGCGCUAGUUCUGGGGUUGGGCAAGUAUGUCGAGGCGAUCCCCCACGCAGUUCUCGCAGGAAUACUAAUGAAAGUCGGCUGGGAUAUCAUAGACUGGCGCUUCAUCACGCGCAUCCACCGUGUCCAGCCGGAGCACCUUCUCGUGAUGCUCAUUACUCUCGGACUAACGGUGUUCCUGGACUUGAUCACGGCCGUCGCUAUUGGGCUGAUUGCGGCGGGCAUGGCGAGCGCGCGCCAAUUCGAAAGAAUGGAGUUGGACAGCGUGGUUUCAGUUCCGCUUCUAGAUCAAUCAUUCCUUUACAACAAUAGCUCUCUGGACGACCAAUCUAAAGAAAUAGACCCAUUCUCUGCGCGGGUCGGAUUGGUAGCGCUGAGAGGAAGUUUCUCGGUAGCCUCAUCCAGCAAGCUGAUAACAGCGAUCAGCACCGAUAUAGCGAGCACGAAGUCGUCAUUCUUGACUUCUCCGAUACGGUUUACAUUGAUGACAGCGCCGCGCUCGUGGUAG